GGCCGGGCGCUGGGCGUGGGCGAGCGGGCGCAGGCGCAGUGUAGCGAGCACGCCUGAGCGCGGGAAGCGGACCUGCGCCGACGCUUGCUACGCGCCUUUCCUCGGUGGCGGAGGUCGGUCCCGUUGGUAGGUAGAAGAAAAGAUGCCUGCCAUACAGAAGCCGAUGAGAUUUGGACAUACAGAGGGACAUACAGACGUCUGCUUUGAUGAUUUGGGGAGUUAUAUUGUGACUUGUGGAAGUGAUGGUGAUGUGAGGAUUUGGGAAGACUUGGAUGAUGAUGACCCUAAGUCCAUUAACGUUGGAGAAAAGGCAUAUUCAUGUGCUUUGAAGAAUGGGAAAUUGGUCACUGCAGUAUCCAAUAAUACUAUUCAAGUCCACACAUUUCCUGAAGGAGUUCCAGAUGGUAUAUUGACUCGGUUCACCACAAAUGCAAACCAUGUGGUCUUUAAUGGGGAUGGUGCAAAAAUUGCUGCAGGAUCUAGUGAUUUUCUAGUCAAAGUUGUGGAUGUGAUGGAUUGCAGCCAACAGAAAACAUUUCGAGGACAUGAUGCUCCUGUUUUAAGUCUUUCCUUUGAUCCUAAGGACAUCUUUCUGGCAUCAGCUAGUUGUGAUGGAACUGUCAAAGUGUGGCAAAUUUCAGAUCAGACAUGUACUGUUAGUUGGCCACUGCUACAAAAAUGCAAUGAUGUGAUAAAUGCAAAAUCAAUCUGCAGACUUGCUUGGCAUCCAAAAAGUGGGAAGUUACUGGCAGUUCCUGUGGAAAAGUCUGUUAAGCUAUAUAGAAGAGAAACAUGGAAUAAUCAACAUGAUCUUUCAGAUAAUUUCAUCUCUCAGGCCCUAAAUGUAGUAACCUGGUCUCCCUGUGGGCAAUAUUUAGCUGCAGGGAGUAUUAAUGGUUUAAUUAUAGUUUGGAAUGUGGAAACCAAAGAUUGCAUGGAAAGGGUGAAACAUGAGAAAGGUUAUGCAAUUUGUGGCCUGGCAUGGCAUCCUACUUGUGGUCGAAUAGCUUAUACUGAUGCAGAAGGAAAUCUAGGGCUCCUGGAGAAUGUUUGUGAACCCAGUGGAAAGACAUCAAGCAGUAAGGUUUCUAGCAGAGUGGAAAAGGAUUACAAUGAUCUUUUUGAUGGAGAUGAUACAAAUAAUGCUGGUGAUUUUCUAAAUGACAAUGCAGUUGAGACCCCCUCUUUUUCAAAGAGGAUUAUAAAUGAUGAGGAAGAGGAUGACGACCUCAUGCUGGCCUCAGGUCGUCCUAGACAGCGAAGUCACAUCCUAGAAGAUGAUGAAAACUCAGUUGAUGUUACAAUGUUAAAAACUGGUUCUAGUCUUCUCAGAGAGGAGGAGGAAGAUGAUCAGGCAGACAGCAUUCAUAAUCUACCACUUGUAACAUCCCAAAGGCCGUUUUAUGAUGGGCCAAUGCCAACUCCCCGGCAAAAGCCAUUCCAGUCAGGUUCUACGCCCAUGCAUCUCACACAUAGGUUCAUGGUGUGGAACUCUGUUGGAAUUAUUCGCUGCUAUAAUGAUGAACAAGACAAUGCCAUAGAUGUGGAGUUCCAUGAUACCUCCAUACACCAUGCAACACACUUAUCAAACAGUUUGAAUUACACAGUAGCAGAUCUUUCUUAUGAAGCUGUUUUGUUGGCAUGUGAAAGCACUGAUGAACUCGCAAGCAAGCUUCACUGUCUGCACUUUAGUUCUUGGGAUUCAAGCAAAGAGUGGAUAGUAGACAUGCCUCAGAAUGAAGAUAUUGAAGCUAUAUGUCUUGGUCUGGGAUGGGCAGCUGCUGCCACCAGUGCCAUGCUCCUUCGAUUGUUCACUAUUGGAGGUGUUCAGAAAGAGCUCUUCAGUCUUCCUGGGCCUGUAGUAUCAAUGGCAGGACAUGGAGAACAGCUUUUCAUUGCUUAUCAUAGAGGUGCAGGAUUUGAUGGUGAUCAGUGCCUUGGAGUUCAACUGCUAGAGCUGGGGAAAAAGAAAAAACAAAUUUUACAUGGUGAUCCUCUUCCUCUUACGAGGAAAUCCUACCUAGUGUGGGUUGGAUUUUCAGCUGAAGGUACCCCCUGUUACACAGAUUCAGAAGGCAUUGUUCGAAUGCUUAACAGAGGGCUUGGUAAUACAUGGACUCCCAUAUGUAACACAAGAGAACACUGCAAAGGAAAAUCUGAUCAUUACUGGGUGGUUGGUAUCCAUGAAAAUCCCCAGCAACUGAGGUGCAUUCCUUGCAAAGGUUCUCGGUUUCCUCCCACUCUUCCGCGCCCUGCUGUAGCUAUAUUAUCCUUUAAGCUUCCUUAUUGUCAGAUUGCAACAGAGAAAGGACAAAUGGAGGAACAAUUUUGGCGUUCCAUCAUGUUUCACAAUCACCUUGAUUAUUUAGCUAAAAAUGGUUAUGAAUAUGAAGAAAGCACUAAAAAUCAAGCAAUAAAAGAACAACAGGAGCUUUUAAUGAAAAUGCUUGCGCUUUCUUGUAAACUGGAUCGGGAAUUCCGUUGUGUGGAACUAGCUGAUUUAAUGACUCAGAAUGCUGUGAAUUUAGCCAUUAAAUACGCUUCUCGUUCCCGGAGAUUAAUAUUGGCCCAAAGACUUAGUGAACUGGCUGUGGAGAAGGCAGCUGAAUUGGCAACAACCCAGGUAGAAGAAGAGGAAGAGGAGGAUUUCAGAAAAGAGCUGAAUGCUGGUUACAGUAAUACUGCUACGGAGUGGAGCCAGCCAAGACUCAGAAACCAAGUUGAAGAAGAUGCAGAGGACACCAGAGAAGCUGAUGAUAAAGAAGAAAAACCAGAAUUACAUAAGCAUGGACAGAAUCUGUUUUCCAAAAGUACAAAUCCCUCUGAUGUGCCAGCUGUUAAGUCAGGUGCAGUUACCUCUAGCAACCAAGGACGAGUAAACCCCUUCAAGGUAUCAGCCAAUUCCAAAGAGCCAGCCACUUCAGUGAAUUCACCACGUUCAAGUAAUAUUUUAGACAGUAUGAACAAAUCAUCCAAGAAAUCUACUGCACUUAAUCGAGCUACAAAUAAUGAAAAGUCUCCAGUUAUAAAGCCUCUAGUUCCAAAGCCAAAGUCUAAGCAGGCAUCUGCAGCAUCCUAUUUCCAGAAAAGAACUUCCCAAACUGAUAAGACUGAGGAUGUGAAAGAAGAACAUCCUAAAAAUACAUCAUCUGAAACACCAGCUAUGUGUCCUCAAAACACUGAAAACCAAAGGCCAAAGACUGGGUUCCAGAUGUGGCUGGAAGAAAACAGAAGUAGUAUUUUGUCUGACAAUCCUGACUUUUCAGAUGAAGCAGACAUAAUAAAAGAAGGAAUGAUUCGAUUUCGAGUAUUGUCAGCUGAAGAAAGGAAAGCAUGGGCUUCCAAGGCCAAAGGAGGAACUACAAGUGAUGGAGCUGAAGCAAAGAAGCGAAAACAUGUGGUUGAUGAAAGUCAUGAAACUGAAAAUGAGAAAGAAAAAGCAAAGGAGAAUCUGAAUUUGCCUAAAAAGCAAAAACCUUUAGAUCUUUCUACCAAUCAGAAACUGUCAGCUUUUGCAUUUAAGCAGGAAUAGAGUUAAAGAAAGUAGGAAAGUAGGUAGUGGAUUUUUUACUCAUCAUUGAUGAACCUGGACUUAAAAAAAAAUCUUUAGAAAACUCAUUAUGUAUUUUUAAAAGAGUUUAGUGACAACUAUUUGUCUUUAUGAGAUAAUGUAGUAAUUAUAUUGGUGUAGGGAACAGGGCAUGUGUAAAAACCAUCAUCUCUGCAGAUUGCUCUGCCCGCAAAUGGAGGUACAUUCCAAAACAUUGUGAUUAGUCACUGACUUGAAGCUACUGGCAUGUCCCAGUGGAAGCCAGUUUGAUUUUGUUUCUUACCUUCAAAAUCAUCAAAGCCAAGGCCUUAAAACCUCUGAGCACUGAAGUACCUUCAAGGGGUUUCCUCAUUUGGUUUAUGUCAUGUACUGAGAAGUACUAUAGAAGUUGUCUUCCAGAUUUGUUACCAUAGACUCUUCUCUAUGUCUGUACUGGACUAGGGACCAUGUUUUUUUAUAUGGACCCUAAACAUGUAAAUAAUUUUGUAGAUGAGAUUUUUUUCUUUUGUUUGUUUCAGAAAUUUCUUCAUAUAUGGCUUUCAGUUGUCUUUGUAGUGCGUGGUUUUUAAAAAAUAAAUGACUUUCACAUUUCCACA